AUGUCUUUCAGUAAAGCAAAAAUCCAAAGAUUCAACGAUGUUAAGGCAUCUAUUGCCGCUGGCAAACAAAUAGCAGAAAAACCAAAGGUUAAACCAAAACCAGUAAUUCAACAACCAUGUGAUAUUAAACCAGAAAAAAACACAUCUGAUACUGCAUCCUCCCAGAGUGUACCAUGUUUUCGUACACCAAAUUUGUUGAAGAAAAAGUUAAAACUUACUGUGCCUCCCACAGAUACAACACCAAAACCCACAACACUUUUUCCGACUGAUCCUAAUAUUGAAGCAUUAAAGGAGAAAAUUGUGGAAUGUGAAAAUAAAGAUGCAUACAUUAAGGAUCUUACACAACAACUUGAAGAGUUUAAAGAUGCUAUCUGCAAGAUCCAAAGAGAGAAUGAACAUAUACAAAACGAAACAGAAAAACACCAAAGAAUGGUUGAAGAUUUGAGAAACAGUCAUCAACUACAUUUACAGAGUAUACAGACUGAAUUCCAUAAAAAGCUCAUAGAAACGCUUUCUAUAAAAGAGAAAAUUUCAGAUCAAUUAAUAGCUUUAAGGGAAGAUUUUAAAAAUUUCCAAACAUUUUAUGAAACUAAUGUACAAGAUUUAAAAAAUCACUGCACUGAAAUGCCAAUUUACUUCCAAAAAUAUUCAGACCAUUACCAGAUUCUCUUUGAACAAAAAGAAGCAGCAUUGCACCACCAAGAGAAUAUUGUGAAGAUGCUAGAGCGAAGUUCUAUUGACAUGCAAAAGAAACAUUCUCUUGAAAUAGAAAAGCUAAGAAAAGAACAACAGAUUGAAAUCCAAGACUUGGAAUUUGAACUGUUAAAGACAAUGACUGAAUUACAAAAGGAAAAGGAGACUAGUUCCAUACAAAUUAAGGAAAUGGAAGAAAUGAUGAAUAAUAAACUUCUUGAAAUGAGGGAAGUUUUUCAACAGGAUAAAGAGAACAUAAUACACAAUUCUCAACUUAAAAUAAAGGAGAUGGAAGAAACAUUAAAAUCAAACAGUAAUUGGGAAGACCAGAUGAACGAUAAGCUUCAUCAACUAGAAGUAGAGUGGAAAAACAAACUUAAUGAACAACAGAAGCAAUCAGAUGACAUUUUAAAGGAAUGUCAAACCAUAAGUGAAUACCAUAUUAUACAAUGUACAAUAGAGAAAAAUGCGGUUGUGUCUGAGUUAAAAGAAAAUGUAGAGGAAUUCAAGCAUGUCAAAAGUAAAUAUGAAGAGUUGACUAAUGAUUUUAAGAAACUGACAGCUACCUAUAAUGAACUGAAAACAGAACUAAAACUUAAAGAAAAACAAACAGAAGAAGUAAAAAAGAAGCUCCAAGCAGAAAUUGAACAAUACAGUAAAAAAUUAAAACAAACUUUAAACGAAAAGUCAGCAUAUGAGUACACAAUAAAAAAUUCGCAAGUUACCAUUGAAGUUCUUACGAAAAGACUAAUACAUUCCGAUAAAGACGUUGAACAACUUAAAGAAGAAUUAUCCGACUGCGAAAAGAAGCUUUUAGAGUAUGAACAGAAGAACCUUCAACUAACAGCUGACUUAAAGCAAGCACAAGUCUCAAAUGAGGAACUGGAAAUGCAGUUUGAGUCAACUAUCAAAAUAAACUGCAAAGACAUCGAGAAUAUGGGUAGUAAACUUAAUAAAGAAGUUGAUGACUACAAAAAGGAAGUUAUAAAAUACAAGCAACAAUUUACAAAUGAACAAAAUCUUAACAAAGAAAUUAUGCAGCAGAUGCAUGAUGCUUAUGAUAUGAUUAAUAGGCUAAAGAUGGAAUUGGAAGAUGCCGAGACUAUCUACAGUCAAUAUAAAUUUGAGAUUCAGCAAUCUCAAAACGAACUUGAAGACUAUCACAUGAGAGAAAUGGACUGGAAUAUCAUUAAAGACAAAUUAGAGUCUACUGUAAAGGAACUCGAAGAUCUUUUAACAUCUAAAAACCAUGAAAUCGCCGACUUAAAGAAAAAAGUUAGUUUAUUAGAACAGAAGUCAGAUUCGAUUUUGCAGUAUUCUGAUUACUACAAACAAAAAGUGAAGGAGUUAGAGUUGGAACAAGUUGAAACCAGCAAAAUACACAAAAAGUACAUUGAGUUAUCCGGAAAAUAUGAUUGUUUAUCAUUUAAGUAUGAAGAACUUGAAGGUGAGAACUUACAACACAAGAUGAGGUUGGUUAAGCUGUCUGAAAGGAAAGAUGAAGACGAUUGGAAGGUUAAAUAUGAUACACAAGUGACAGUUUGUAGUGAACUAGAACAGAAAAAUGCAAAACUGGAACAAGAACUCCAAAAACGUUUGAAGGAUGAAUCUACUUCCAAAUCGGAAUAUAUAAAAAUGAAGGUAGAACGAGAUGCAUUAUCGAUGAAAGUUCAGCAACUGGAGAAUGAAAUAUUACAGUUUACAUUAAAUGAAAAACCACGUACUCCCAAAACCUCCAAAAAGUUCAAAACUGAGGACCAAGACCCAAUGAAGUUAUUUAAGAAAAACAAACAUUCCAAAGAGGACAAGGAAAACAUAGGCAGUCCAAACAGAACACUUAAUUCCAGCAGGAUGGACUCUCCGCUGAGGGACAGAAAUUAAAAGAAAAAUAGGGAAGUUAUCCGGUUUUUAACAAAAAAAUUGGGUAAUAAAAAUAUCGGCUUAGCAGUGACUACGAAUAAUGUCAUUGAAUAUUGGUAAAGAUCUAUUUUAUAAAACUAUUAGUUUUCUUUUUGAAGUAGGGUAGUACAAGUGUCUUGAUAUACCUCUUUAGUGAAAAGUUUUUCACACAGCUUUUUAAAAACUACAACUAUGUGAAGAUAUAGAUAAGUUUAAAUCUACACAUUAAACCAAGCAACUGCUAUACUUUAUACUGUACAAGCAAUUCUAUUUUUAUUUAAAUUUAGUCGUUACAGACUAAAAAAGGCCUCAAGAAAAUUGUUUAACACAUAAUGGUUUUAAAAACAAUACAACAAUUGGUUUAAAAAGCAAUAUUUUUAUUACCC